AUGGCACCGGAGGAGGUGCUGCAGGCCGCGAAAGCCGAGGAUUGGAGUCGUGUCACUCAAUUGUUGUACUCGACCUGGUCGAAAAAUGUCUUGGAAUGCUUCAAAGUCGAUCCAGAUGAACCGUGGGAGCGAUUGGACGACGAGAAAAAGAUCAGUAAGCUAUUUUCUUGUUGUUUUACACUUUUAGGCCUACUGAAGAAAAGAUUGAUGUGUUGGAGGGCUUUCAAGUCAUAUAAAGUUUUAGAGUAGUGCUAGAAAGGUCGGAAAAGGUCACUUCUAGAAGAAGUACCUUUUUUGUUCUAAUUUUGUUGCUCUACAAGCAAUUCUUUGGUUUCCGCCCUAUGACCUCAUGGAGAAUAUAAGUUUUACCUAUUUUUCGGUGUCUUGUUAGUAAAGAAGGUUUCAUUCCGUUUUUGUAUGAGGUUUAAAACGUUUUGACGCUAGUUUUAUCCCGUGGUAUUUUCAGAUGAGCUUCUACUUUAUCCAUUAGCAUUAGCGUUGACGGGUGACACAAAGUGCCGAAAAUCGAAUGGAGAAGUGACACUGGAUCAUCUGGCCGAAUCUUCCGGAUUCAGGCCAACGAAUUCGUUGAUCACCAGAGGUCAAGUUUGCGGAAGGAUGUUCAAAUUUGGAGAAUUAACGUAUUCUUGCAAGUAAGUCUAUUAUAGUUUGUCUUUUCAAAAUUUUAGAGUUGAGACUUAACCUGUGUAAUUUCAGGGAAUGUGCCAAUGACCCCACCUGUGUCCUUUGCUAUGACUGUUUUAAAAAUUCGGAGCACGUAAAUCACAAGUAUAAGAUGCAUCCGACCAACGGGAACGGUUACUGUGAUUGUGGAGACUCGGAAGCAUUUUUGAAUGACCCAGUGUGCAAACUGCAUUUGCCUUCGCAGGAAGAGAAGGCCAAUUUGGACAAGUAAGUCAGUCUUUUUUAAUAUUUUUCCUUUCGGUUUUUAGGCAAUUACCCAAGGAUCUCCAUACGCGAAUUCACUCGUUGGUCUUGAUAUGCAUCAAGUUUGUUGUGGACGUCCUCAAUGGCGGAUUGGACAAUGAAUCGUCAUUCCCGACAGUCAUUGAGUAAGAACCUUUAUAAAGUUUAUGUUAUCCAUCAUGGAUAAUAUAAAUUUUGAUCGAAUUUUUUGGCCAACCCAAUGUUUAUUGCUUUGCAGUAUGCGAGAAGUGGUCAAUGACGAUUUCCAGACGAUUUUGUUUAACGAUGAAACGCAUACCUAUGAAAGUGUAAGAUUUUUUGAUGUUUUGUUGUUUGAAGUUUAGGUUAGCCUCAAAAUUGAUGACCAAGUCAAUGUUUAAUUGCAGGUAAUCAGAGCCCUGACCAUGUCAGUGGCCUGCGACGAUCAUCAAGCCAAAAAAUUGGCGGCCACUGUGGAUAGGGAAGGCCGAACGGUUGUCUUCGCUGGAUCUGAAGAACGAUGUACAAGCGUUAAGGAGUCAGUCCAACGAAGAACACAGAAGGAUUCGAACAGAAGAACUCAGAAAUCGGGUCCUUUACUUGUCAAGGUGAUGCGGAGUUCGGUUAUCGCAUCUCAGUCGUGGGCGGUGCAUCUGCUUCAUUGGCUGACCGCGCAGGUCAAAAAUUUCCGUAAGUAUAAGGUUAAUUGAAGGGCACAGGUUACUUUUCGGGUUGUAAUUAAAGAGCAUGAGGUUUAACUUGAUGUUUUGGAAUCAUUGUAUUUUAAAUUUUGUGGUUGCUGCUUUAUUUUGAAAGGUUUUAUUAUAUUGCACAUCAGAAAAUUGAUCUUCAAUUUUCAAGCAGUUGUUUCGAAAAAUGAAGAGAGAUGUCGAGGGUCUUAGUAUUCCAAAUUGAAGGCUAUAUGAUGUAGAUUUCUGUGGAGCUUUUGGAAUUUGUUAUCUUUCUUGUGUCCAAGGAGUUUUGGGGCAUUAUACUUGACCUUUCAUAGCACUUGAUUGAAUUUUUGAAUGGUCGGUUUCUAAAUAAAUAUUUGAGGUCCGAAACUGAAAUUUGUUUUGAUCAAGAGGAAAUUCCUUGCAGAUUUUUGUGGGAAAACAAAUUUUGGAUUGGUUCACCAGCUGUUGUGAUAUUCACUAUAUUGUACUAGGACUACACGAGACGAAUUUCAUUGCUCGAAAAUUGUUUUUCGCUGUUCCAAAAAGGGCGGUUAGCCUGACGAUUGAACUGGAAGUGAUUUUGAGUUGAAUUUUAUUUUUACAUCGUAUUUUUACCUUAAAAUUUCAGCUCCAAUCGGUACAAUUAUCGGGAAUGUUCUUCUCCAUGAAUGCUCGAGGGAUUGCCGAAAUUCCCCGGAUUUCUCCCGCGACAAUGCCAUUCCCACGAUUGACUUUGACACGAACCUGAUUUCGCCGACGUGUGGCCACAAGUCUCCAUGUGUACGGUUGAUGUUGAUGGAUCGACGGCUGUGGAAACACUCCCGAAUCGCGAUUCAUCAGAUGUUCAUGACUGCUUUGUUGAUGGAUUUCAAGCAUAAGAAGAAUUUCGGACGGCUUUUUAUUCAGGUAUUUGAAUUUUGAAGGAGUUUUGUCUAUAUUUUAGGUAAUUUUGAGGUGAAAAUUUGAUUUUUUUGAUGGUUGAGGGGUAUAAUGAGGGAAUGUCAAUUGAAUUUGAGUGUUUUCAGUACUUUUCUGACAUCUAUAAUGACUACGUAGACGAUGACCACGAGUACAAGUUCAGUAUCGUCGCCAUGACCGUCCAAGUCUUCACCAUCCCCACCAUUGCCAGGUAUCUGAUAAAAGAGGAGGAUGCGCUCAGUAUAAUCAUCGAAUACCAAUGCAAUUUCCUCCAACAAUACGUCAAGAGCUCCCACAGAGGGCUGCCGGUCCUAGACUUUACCAACAACACCACGCCGACCGUCCUGGACCGGGCUCUGAUAGCCAUGUCGGAUGUGGCAUAUCUCCUCUCCUCGGUCCCCAAACCCGAAGACUGGGACCAGGAAAUGCGCGAGGCCUUCCUCAGAGGCACCACCGCUUUCAUGAAGUUCAUUCGAGACUUCCAACACAUGGAUGAAGUGAAAAGACAGUACAGUGAACAUCAGGCCACUGAUGCCGAGUGGGAAACGGCCUUUACUGCCUGGUACAGAGUUCAGGAAGCCCUCCAUGAUAUGAUAAAAUGGAGCUUGGUGAAUGUGAGGGAGUUUGGAAGGGGUUUGGGGAAAUUUGAGCGAGUUGGGUGGGGUAAGGGAGGAUUUUUUUGGGAAAUUCGGGGGAAAUUUUGGAGUUUUUUUAAUUUUUGGAUUUUUGGCUAUUUAAAAGCCAUUUUUCCAAUUUCAGGAGGAAGUCCACAUCAACGUCCUGACCCGCUGCAUCCAAGAGAUCCUCCACCAAGCGGACAAGAUGGCCGAAUUCCAAGAGAAACGCCGCCUCGUCAAAGUCAACGACCUCGAAGCAGUCUCCAUCGAAUUUGACGUCUCAAAAGAACCCAUUUCCAUCUGGCAACCACUCUGGAGAUACUGCGCGGCACUGUUCACCGCACCCCCGGAGAUUAUGAAGAAUAUUGUGUGUGAGGACGACCCAAAUCAUCCAGAUUUUAAUCUACCAAAGAUCACGGAUGAGGUGGGACAAAUCAAGUGGAAACCGCAUGAAAAGCCAUCCAGAAGAUCGUUGAAAGGGCUCAGAACUAUCUUAAUGGAGAUGCCUUUGAGGUGAACUGGGAGUUUUGAGAGGUUUUGUGGAGUUUUGGGGGAUAUCCCUGAUUUUCAGGGAAGUCGUGGCGGGACCUGAAAUAAUAUUGACAUUGUGAAAAUUGAAGUUUUAGAGCUGGAAUAGUUGAUAAUUGAAGGGCUGAAAGUAUGGGUGACCCAGUUUAGUCAAAUCUUUUCUUCUUUUACUGUUUAGAAGGUUUUCAAGUUUUCGUUGUGGGACCCGAUUUUUUUUUAAUUUGAUCUUUUUUGAAAAUUACCGUAAUUAAAUUUAAGAUGCAUUGUCCUCCGAGCCCAAGUGAAUGCUCAACUCUGGCGGCGCAACGGGUUCUCCCUGGCAAACCAAAUUCACUCCUAUAUGCAGCAGAUGUAUAGAUGCGAGAUGUUUGAUCGGGACGUUCUUAUGCUUCAGGUUUGUCCAUUAUUUAAUUUUUUGAUUGUAUUCUUUCAUUUUCAGGCUAUGGCCGCUGUCACAGACCCGAACAAGUUCCUCAUCCGGAUGCUGGACAGGUUUUCGUUGAUUCGAUUCGCGACGUUUGGAUUUGAAGACAUGGGGUUAAGCCAGUCCUUGGAAAACACUCCGUCUACGCCGACUGCUUCGUUUGAUGACUUGUCGAAGAUUACGGUAACUCUUGCUGAAGAGUUCUUCCAGAUUUUGAUCUAUAUUGUCAUGGAGAGAUAUCAAAAUGGGGUUGGACAGGUAAAUUUUGAUUUUUGUGGAGGUGAUGUCUAAAAUAAGGUCGUAAAUAGAUAGUAGAUGAAAGACAGUGCUUGAUAUGAAUUGUAUAGUGAGAAUUAGGGCUUGUGUUGGAUUUAGAAGUUGUUUGGUGUGUUUAUGACCAACACGGAAAAUGUAAUGACUGGAUAUAUCUGAUAUCUAAAGUAAGGUCGAGGUUGGGGAAGGAAUGAUAAAUUUUGGCUGAAAUGGAUUUCGGCAGCAGUAUUGAGAUGUGCUGUAAGAUUUAUGUAUUGAUUGGUGUGUUUUAGAACGUAAAGAAAGUCUUGAGAGUGAUUUAUUUUUGAUACCUAAAGUAAGGUCAGAAAUUGACAUUUUUUGGACGAGUUGAUUUGGAAAUUUCAGUAAAUGAAUGACGGAUGUUAUUGGAUAAGAAAUAUAUUUAAAAUUGAGUAUUGAAAAAUUGUGGGAUCUCGGGUUAGCAGAUGUCUAAAAUAAGGUCGAAAGUUGAAAUGUUUUGAAUAAUCGAGACUGAAAUAAAAAUUAAAAUAUGGAGAUCGCUUUUAACUCUCAUUUGACAUGUUUUAGGCGAGCACGGAGGAAGCCCUGAAGCGCGAAGUGAUCCAUUUGUUGUCCAUGGGACCCUGCCCAUUCAGCCAUGUUGAGCGAUUCAUCGUGGGUAACGAGAACUACAGAAAACUCUCAUUGGACGAGAUAAUCCGAGAGGUGGGCGACUUCAAGCGACCCGGCCAAUCCACCGGCGUUUUCGCCCUCAAACCCCAUCUCCGACCCCAAUACAACGCCUUCUUUUGGCAUUAUUCGAGGGUUAACAUCAGCCAAGCCGAACAACAACAGAAGAAGGACCGAGUGCAGGAGAGCAGAGAGGUCAAGGCAUGCCCACCACCGGUCUGUCCCAAGUUUGAACCGUUUUAUCAGCCAAUUACGAGGCUGUUGGAGUGCAGGUAAGGAGAAGAGGAAGGUGGAAAUUUGGGGGAGAUUUUUUUUGUUUUAAUGAGUGGGAAGGGUAAAAUACGAGGUGGAGUUUUACUGUGUAAUAUUUUGACUGAUUUUUUUGGAGAAAAAUAGGGGAAAAUGGAAAAUUAAGAGAAGAUUUUUUGAGGUGAACUGAGAAAAGCUAAGAUUUCGAUGAGGAAAUGAAUGGAAUAAGGUGUGAUUGGAAGAGCUAAGUAGCAUUACUUGGCUGAAAAUUCUUAUUGGUUCAAUUUUAAAUUAAAAAUUUUGGAAUUUUGUCGGGAAAUCGUGGCUUUUGACAGAAUUGAAGUUUGCCAAAAUUUUUGCACAGUGGCGGACCUGAUCCAGUUGCAAAAAACGUGCCAUUUUGCAUCCGAGAAAUAUCAAAAAUGCAGCAAAAUACCUCCCUCUUCAAGUGAAAAAAACUCCAAUUUCAAAAGUGCGCCCGCUUUUUUUGAAAAACGGAGUUUUUUCACUUGGAGAGCGAGGUAUUUUGCUGCAUUUUUGAUACUUUCCGGAUGCAAAAUGGUAUGUUUUGGCCUUUGGAUCAGGUCCGCCACUGCGCAAAAAUUUUGGCAAGAUACAAUUCUGCCAAAAGUCAGGAUUAAAAUUCCAAAAUUCUACUUUUAAAGCAGCCAAGAAGAAUUUUCAACUGAGAAAUGCUACUUAACUCUUCCAUUCACACCUUAUUCCAACCAUUUCCUCAUCAAAAUCUUACCUUUUCUCAGUUUCAUCUCAAAAAAUCCCCAUUUUUCUCCAAAAAAAUCAGUCAAAAAUAUUGUACAGUAAAACUCAAAAAAAAAACCGCCACCAUAAGAGCCACUAUGUCGAUUCCUGAUUGAAAUCUCAUGAUUUGCCUUCCAGGCUGAUGUCCCAACUCCUCCGCGUCACCUUCGAGCGCUACGCGAAGCAAUCCCGCUUCUCCAGCGACAGCCUCAUGCACCGCGCCCUCUACUUGUGUGGCGCCGCGAUCAGCGAACAACUCCUCAACGAAGCCGAACGCCAAGAAGCCCAUUCCCAGCAGCGCUCGGCCCCCGAGAAAUUCAAGUUCAUGGAGAAUGCGGAGGCGCAAAACUUGCUGGACCAUCUGAAGAAGUGCCAAGCUCGCGCCGAAAAAGACGGAUACGGCGAUCUGUGGUGGUGGACCAAGACCAAAUACGAACAGGCCCUCAAGGCGUGGAAGGGAGAACAGGAGGAAGAGAAGGCGGUCGAGAAAACGCAAGAAAAAUCGGAGGAUUCCGAGGAUAAAGCCGCAAAAAGGGCCAAAAUCGCGAAAGCGAAGAGAGAUCAGGUAAAAAGAGGAGACGGGAGAGAUUUGUAUAGUGAUUUUUUGACGGAAAAUUUGUUGAAGUUACAGUAGAUGCAUAGUUUUGGGAGGAAUCAUUGAAAUUUGAGAUAUUUUGGGAUUUCAAAAAAAAAAAAAACUUGGAAAUUUAAAAAAAAAUAAAUUUUAAUUUUUUUGGGUUGUUGUUUUUAACUGUAAUUAGAUGAAAAAUGCCUUUUUUCAGGCUUUGGAACGCAUGAAAAAACUCCAGAACAACUUCCGAAAUCAGCACAAAGACUUUUUCACGGAAGAAACGGAUCGCCCAUCCUCGUCAAAGGUCCCCGAAGUCCAAGACGAAGUCAUGGAAGUAGACCCUCAAAGAAGUCUGGAGAUUGAGGAUGAACCCGAGGUCGGAAUUCUACCUCCCGACGCCGGAUUCCCCAUCUGUUUGGGCCCGAAUCGACUUCAUGCACAACAGAAAGCCCAACGAAGAAUCACGUGUAUCCUCUGUCAGGAAGACGAAGUCCUAUCAUUUGAGACGGGAAUUGUGUGCGCAGCCUACAUUGAGAGCAGCAGACUCUUCGCGCAGACCAAGGUGGAGGUAAGCAGAUUUUGUGAUAUUGUAGUAGGGAAAGGUGAAAUUUGAGGGAAAAUAGUGUUGAGGGUUGUUUUUAAGAGUGGGAGAAGGUGGUUUGAAAUGCCCAGAAGCUUGGUUAAAAUUUGAGAAAUUGAAGUGAUCGUUGAAAAGAUUUUUAUAGAAAUUUUGGGUCCCACCACGAAAACCCUGAUGGUCAGGGAAAGGCUCUAUUUAGUUAUAGAAUGGUUCCUAAAGAGUCGGCUGGGCUUGAUAGGACGUUCUAUAGGGGUUUAAAUAGUUUUAAUUAAGUUACAGUAAUCCUUUUUGGGUCCCACCACGAAAACCCUUAUUUCCAAGGAGCCCCCUUGAAAUGCUGUAAAAAUCAAAAUAUGUUUGAGUCAUAAUAAUUACUUGCAGAGCGAUGUAAAUAGAACCGAAGACUACCGCCAUUAUGCCCCAUCUGACCUGUAUUUUGGGAACAAUAUCUCGACCUGCGCCCACACCAUGCAUUUCUCGUGCCACAUGUCCUUGAUGAGCGUGAUGAAAGCCAAUGAUCGGCAAAGAAACCGCGCUCAAGCCAUGUCACCGCGUAUUUUGGAUACGGAAAGAAAUGAAUACAAUUGCCCGUUAUGUAAACGGUUGUGCAACUGCGCAAUGCCAUUAUUGCCAACUUUGGAGCAGUUGAAAGGAGUGGUACCGUAAGUUCAAUAGUUUUUAGAGUCGGUAGAGGGGCCAAGAAAAUUUAUUUAGAGGAGGUUUAAAAAGAUUUGGAGUGGUUUUUUUUUGAUUUUUUGGGAAUUGGGUCCCGCCACGAAAAUUUGUUUUAUCAAAUUUUAGCCGAAAAUUGACUGAAGAUGACUGCAGGUUUUUGAUAGUAGUGCGGUGGAAAUUAAGAGAGGCGUAUUUUACAAAAAUAAUUUUUGAAGAUUGUGAUGAAAUUCAACUUUUUAGUCAAGUACAAUAUUAAUGUUAAAUUAAUAGAUUUUUUGGAGUUGGAUGUAAUAAAUGAGUUUUUUAGGUUCUCCGAGAACCGAAAGAAUCCCCAAGAAGAAUUCGCGGAUUGGGUUCAACGAAUGAGAGACCUGUGUUCACAAAAAGUGUACUCGGCCAAUAAUGGAGACAACCCGGUCAAGGCGCAUUCAAGAAAACGGUAAGGCGAUUUGUGUGGAGGUAAUGGUUAUAGAGGAUGUAUAGAGCCGUGUACUACACAUUGAGAUAAAUCUGGAGACUUUUUGCAUAUUUUUUGAACAAUUUUUAUAUUGUAGUAGGCGGACGUAUAAUUUUUUGCGAAAGCGUUCUUUAAUCUUAUGAAUUGAAGGAGAAAUUUUUUGUCAUGGAUAGUACAGACGUUGGUAGUGAAUUUUCAUUGCAAAUUACCCGUUUUCAGAUCCCACUCGGAGCGCUCGCUUGCCGAAUUCAAAAAGGAUCAGGCCAAAGAAGGCUCCAGCAGCUCGUCCUGUGUCCCAUUCUCGAUCAGCUCACUCAACAGCUCGUUGUCCGCAUCCUCGGAGAAUGCGAGUGUCUCCUCCAGAAACCUGUCCACUUCAACGUCAACCGUUGACACACUCGGUGCUUCGUUAAUUUCAACCGACUCGCUGAGCAUGUUCCUCCAUGAGACGUUAGACACAAUCAAGGGAUUCCUCGGCAAAACGGAUGCGAAAAAGCUGUAAGGAAUAUUCAAGCGUGGUUUAUGGUUGAUUUUGAAAAAUGUCUGGGCGCAGCUCGCGAAAAUUGAGUUUAAGGGAUUGGCGAGCUGCGCCCGAGCUUGGUCCGAAAUUGCGGAUUUUUAAAGCAUUUUCGGUGUUUAUAAGUAUGAUAUAGAGCCGUUAUAAAAGUUAUUUUCGAAUAUAAGCUAUAUUUCUGCUUGGCAGGCUGCGCCCGAGCUUAUUUUUAAAUUUUGAGAUUUUGAAUAUUUUGGUUAUUGCAAUUGAAUAAGUAGCUGCAUUACUGUAUAAAUACUAUAUUUUUUUAAUUCCAGACAAAACUGCGGCUCCGCCUGGCGCACUUUGUCCCCCUUCUUCGCCUCCCUCCAAGAUCGUCACACCAAAUUGCCGGUCGGCAUGCCCCCGCCGCCUCAGGACUCGGACGACAUUGUGGACCUGAUCACCGUCUACACGACCACCGGAUACGUCCUCAGAGCAAUUUGUGCCGUCCUCAAAACCGAGAAGAAACCCCUGUUUGGAGCCUUGAAUACCCGCCAGUUGGACUCGAUCAAUGGAAUGGUCCGGCUUUGCGCCGUCUCGGCCUUUACGGUAAAACCAAUCGCCCUGAGACUGCUGAUGUCGCGACUACUGUCCCCAUUCUUGCUCCCAUUGAGUGCGAGCCGGCCCGUCCCGGCUUACUUGUACACCGCCAGGACCUUGAAUAAUAUCGUCGAGAUCAGAAAACAAUUGAAUAAUUUGGUGAGUGAAGAAAGAAUUGGCGAAGUAGAGGAAUUUUAGUGGGUGUAAAAUUAAAUUUGAAGGAAUUUUGGGAUGAUCUGAUAAGUUUAAAGAUCAAAAAAAUUUUUUUUUUUUUUUUUGAUUUCUAGUGUAAGAUAAUUUUUUGGUUGAAAUUUGAAAAUUUUUCAUCGAAAGCUGAGUUUCCUGCCAAAUUGAUCCUCAAUAUUGAUGAAUCACACCCUUCAGAUCCGCAGCCACCCCCUCCGCUGGCACCACGACGUGGAGAAACGCCGCUCCGACCAGCCCGAAUCCCAAUCCUCGACGGCGCCCGCCUCGCCCGGCCCCUCCACCAGUCACUCGGUGUUCGAGCCCGAGUCCACAACCCCUCCGUACACGGUCACCGAGGCCAUCCAGAACCCGUUCGUCGACAUCAACAUCCUCAACGUCGACAUGGUCAGCAUGGCCAUCGAACUGGCCAUGCUGAGCGGCUGGUCGGUCAUAAAAGGCGGCAAACAGUUCCUGCACAACAUCGGAAAGGUGGACGAAGGCCCCACCAGAGUGCCGGACGGCUCCGUGGACGAACACCACUCGGUCCAACUCUGUCUUUUGGCCCACAUUUUCCAAGCCAUUGUGUGUUUCGCGGACGCCGAGCCCCGAAAUUCCGCCUCCAGCCACUCGAUCAGCGAUGAGGUUGAGAGAAUCCGAAUCGAAGAGGAGGCCAACCAAGACCAGAGCCUUGAAAAUGCGGCCGAAGAAGCGGCGGCCGCCGAAAGUGGACCUGAAAUCGAAGAGAGAUUGGACACCUUGUUGAACAUGAUGAAGAUUGAGAAAACCCCCGAAAUCGACCUGUCAAAGCUGCGAAGGAAUUUGAAAAAGUGCAUCGUGGAAUUCCUCAGACCGCUGGCUGUGUUUUACAAUGCUUUGACUUUGGUCCCACCACCGGAUGUACUGAAAUAUGCAUCAUUGGAUGAGUUCGAACCAUUGUGCAGAUACUUGGACAUGCCGGUGGGACUGAAGGAAAUUUUGAGUGGAGAACAUGUUGAAAGACUGUUUGAAUUGUGAGUUGGAAUUUGAAGAGGAUUUGGGGUAUCAGUCUGUCUGGAAAAUAACGGCGGAUCGUCGCAGCAAAGUGUCUCGCCUCGCCGCUAUCGCGCACCAAAUCCCAAGCCGCGGCUUGCAGUCGCAAAGCGAUGAUGAGCGACUCCGAGGCGCGACGAUCCGCCGUUUUUUUCCCGACAGACCGAUAUUUGGGGAUGUUUUUUAUCAGGUUUUGGGGAGUUGAUUAUAUUAUCCAUGGGGCUUGGGAAAUUUUUGGAAAUUUUGAUGGUUUUUUGAUGGGAAUGGGUGAAACUAGGUGAUAGUGGUGUGAGAAGGAUAGUAGAGAGUUGUAUUUCUAAUUUGAAGAGGAUUUGGAGAUGUUUUAGCAGGAUCUGGGGGUUGAUUAUGUUAUCCAUGGGGUUUUUGGGAAAUUUUUUAAAAUUUUGAGGGUUUUUUGAUGUGAAUGGGUGAGAUUCGAUGGAUAGUGGUGUGAGAAGGAUAGCAGAGAGUUGUAUUUGAAAUUUGGAAGGUCUAUUUUGGUCGGAAAUUGAUUGUUUUGAGAUUUUUUGCGGAAAAUUUUGGAUUUUGAUGGAAAUUGAUGUAUUUUUUGCGAAAUUUUUUUGAGCAGUAACUUUUCGAUGGUGUUUGAGUUCCUAGAGGUGUGAAAAAUAUUUUCCAGAUGGUCCUCCUACAUCCGCCUGCCUCAGGCCCUCACAAAAGUCCGCCGUCCAUUGGCUCCGCGCACCCUGGUCGAAUUGCCCCACGAUUACACGGAUCUUGUCAAUAUGGCCGCGCAAUACCGAUGUCCCAGCGUGAAAACCGAUUCAAUGUGCGGAGCUGUAGUCACCAUGUGUUUGGUCUGCGGAGAACUCCUGUGCUCUCAGUCGUAUUGUUGCCAACGCUCCAUUAAAGCGGAACACGUCGGGUCCUGCACCUACCAUAUGUACUACUGCAGUGGGAAGACGGGUAUUUUCUUGAGGAUCCGGGAGUGUCAAGUGAUCUUCUUGACGUCUUCGAAGCGUGGAUGCAUCAAGUCCGCGCCGUAUGUGGAUCAAUUUGGAGAACCGGACUGGGGCUUCAGGUAAGGAGAAAAUUGGAAGUUUGGAGGGGUUACUGUUGAAGAAGAAGGAUGAAAGUUCUAGAAAAUGAAGAAGAGAUCAUGAUGAAUGUUCUGAAAGGGGAGGAUCCUGUAGGGAAAGUUUGGAAAAUUUAUUUUGGACUGGAUAGUCAAGUAUAAUAUAAGGUGAAAAAAGGCGAAAUUUGAUUGAAAUUUUGGAAUAGAAAGAGAGGAAUGAGUGAAAUAGGUCUUCAGGGGCUCUGUGGAUAUAAUUUCCAAGAAAUAAUCACAGUAAUUUGAAUCCAAAUACACGAAUUUUGGCAAAGACACCUAGUAUAAGGUAAUGCCGAGAAGUGCAAUUUUAUGCGUAAAAAUAAUGGAAAAAAGUUGACAUAGGUAAAAUACGUUCUACAGUCUUCCUGCUUGACAUGGCAGAAGCAUAAUAUUGGCAUUGAAGACGAUCCAGGAAAGCUGGUCUAGUGUAAUAUAAUUUUUGGUCAAAAUUGUUGAAUAAUCUAGUGAAUGUUGCAGAAAACUUAAUAAAAUGAAACUUUCAGACGCGGAAACCCGCUGUUCCUGAGCACCGAGCUGUACAAACGCCUGCAACGCCUCUGGCUUCAUCAGGAAGUGGCGGAAGAAGUGAUCAAUCAGUACGAAAUCAACAUCCGCAACAGUGCCCUAGACUGGAACCACUUCUAA